ACCAUCGCCCCGGCGCCGCUAGUGACAACAAGACGCGUGUGGCAGCUCAGAGGCUCCCGGACCAUCAGAGCAGGAGGCCACACUUUCUUUCCGGCUCCCUUCCUGUACACACGUCAAUGAUGCUCUCCUUGCGUGCCCUGUUCCUGAUGGUGGCGGCUGCGGCCCUGGUGGCGGGUGAAGGCGCCGGCGGGGGUGCCAGCGAAGGAGAGGAGAGGGCGAGGCUGCUGGCGGCCAAACGCGUCCACAACCUGUACUUGGUGGAGAGCCGGGACAUCGUGGUGCAGUACUCGGUGCAUAAUGUGGGUCAGGCAGCCGCCAUCAACGUGCAGCUGACGGACUCGGGCUUCAGCACCGAGGACUUCGAGAUCGGCGGCGGGCAACUCCAGGUGAAGUUCGACCGCAUCGCCCCGCAUGCCAAUGUCUCCCACACUGUCGUCGUCCGCCCCAAGAAGUUCGGCUACUUCAACUUCACCGCCGCGGAAGUGUCAUACCAACCCUCAGAGGACUCAGCGGAGAUCCAGAUUGGGUACACCUCCGAGCCAGGCGAGGGCGGCAUCAUCGCCUUCAGGGACUACGACAGGAAGUUCUCCCCUCAUGUGUUUGACUGGCUGAUCUUCGCCCUGCUCAUGAUCCCUGCCCAGCUGGUUCCCUUCAUGAUGUGGUACAACAUCAAGAGCAAGUACACUGCCGUGCAGAGGCCCAAGAAGGGGAAGGCAGAGUGAGGAGACAACUAGCGGAAAUGACAACGUGUGUGUGUGUGGUGUGUUGAUGUGAGUUCCUGUGUGUGUGUGUGUGUGGUGUGUUGAUGUGAGUUCCUGUGUGUGUGUGUGUGUUUUUACAACAGACAAAGCCGUUGAAAGGGCAAACAAAAUGAAGCAGUUAAGGGUAGACAAACAACAAGAAAUGCCCACCAAAUGACUGCUACUGUGUAAAUGUGUGUGUGUAUGUUUUGUUAUAAGUGUGUAAGUGGGUGUUUUUUUAUAUUUUUUACACUUACAGAAGAAGCUCUAAGGCAGAAAUCACUAAAUAAAAGCCUGCUAUGUUCUGUACCUGUAAAAAAUAUGAUAGUUUGAGUGUGUGUGUGUGUGUGUGUGUUUAUAAGUGCGUCAGUGGCUGUUUUUCUUUGUGUUUUUUUAUUAUUUUUUACGGUAACAGAAGCAGCUCUCGGGCAGAAAUCACUAAAUAAAGCCUGCUAUGUUCUGUACCUGUAAAAAAUAUGAUAGUUUGAGUGUGUGUGUGUGUUUAUAAGUGUGUAAGUGGGUGUUUUUCUAUUUUUUUUAAUAUUUUUACACUUACAGAAGAAGCUCUAAGGCAGAAAACACUACAAAAGCCUGCUAUGUUCUGUACCUGUAAAAAAUAUGAUAGUUUGAGUGUGUGUGAGUGUGUUUGUCCUUUUAAUGUGUGUGUUCCAAGGGUUCGUGUUGCUAGCUUUUCCGGGAUAGCAAGGGAAGAAAUGCCUACUUUUCCUAAUUUUCCCAACCUCAACCCACCUUUUUUUCCCCAUUCUAGGCGGAAAAAACUGUUCUUGAUACUUAGAUUUCCCCUCAUUUUGUUUCUCCGAUGGUAACUUAUCAUUAUAUUUUACAAGGGAUAUGUAAGCCUCCUCUCUGACAGUACGUAUGUGUGUGUGUGUGUACGUAUAUAUUUGUGUGUGUGUGUUGGUGUACAGUUUAUUUCGUGUGUGUGUGUGUGUGACGUAAUCUGUCCGAAGCUGUCAGUUGGGAUUCCGUUUUGUAAGAAAGAAACAAACCACAUGACUA